AUGGCACAAAGCUGGGUCGAGCUAUUACGCGUCGCUGAUAGUAAUAGUCGAUCUGAAAUCGAGAAACUUGAAGAAGAACGACGUAAACGCGAACGAUUGAAUCAAAAAGCAGAAAAAGCACGACCUGUCGAUCAAGCAGCGAUUCAGAAGAUUCUCGAACGACGGCGUUGUGAACAAGAACAACAAAAGCUAGCUGAAGAACAGCGGUUGAAAAAAGUGAACGAAUUAAAAAAACAACAAAAAGCAAAUUUUCAAAUCAAAAAACAAUCUCAAGCAAAAGCUAAUUCCUCACAAGCAACUCCACCACCACCACCGCCGGCACCACGUACUGCUCCUCGUUCAGCGCCUGCUAAACCUCCAGCUGUUGCCAAAAAACCGGCACCGAGUAUUCCCUACGAGGAUCUCAUGCUAUAUGCGCAAUUGAAGGAUAGUAAGAAACCGUUACCCAAAGAAUUAGCUUACGUUGCUGAAGCACGACGACUGCAAAAAGCACCAACAUCUAAUAAGCCAUCUUCAUCUAAUCAAGCCAAGCAAAACAGUUCCAACUCUAAACCAACCACAAGUGCAUCUAACUCGAAGAAAUCUACACCUAUGAAAGUGAAUUCAACUACAAAAGGAUCGGCGCAAACAAAAUCAAAACCUGCUACAUCAUCGUCAUCGUCGAACAAUGUGAAACAGCCUGUUAGAAAUCCGGCAAUCGAUAAUAAAAAGCCAUCAGUAAAUGGACAAAAGCUACCACAAACUUCGCUAGUGAACGGAUCGAAAUCAUUACCACAAAAUCGCGUAUCGAAUGGACAGAAGGUGCCUCAGAGUCAAACUUUAAAUAACCAAAGACCAUCACUACCUAACCGAGCGGUGAAUAAUCAACGACCAGUAGCACCUAACCGAAUGAUGAAUGGUCAACGCCCAUCAGUUGUACCUUCUCGGAAACGUCCUCCUAUACUCGAUGAUUCGGAAGACGAAGAUGAUGGAGAAAUGGAUGGUUUUAUUGUCGAUGAUGAUGAAGAUGAAGGAUUCGAUUAUCGAAAAGAACUUCAAGAAACUUUGAAGAAAAACUUUCGUUUUGACCCAGAAAAAUAUCGAAAACGAUUUUUGGACGAUGACGACGACGAUCUACGAAACAUGGAAUCUACAUUUGAUCAAAUUGAAAAAGAAGAAGAUUUCAGCACGAAGCAAGGCCUCCGAGAAGAUUUAGAAGAUAUUAUACGUGAAGAAGCUGAGAAAAAACGGCGGGCAAUGCAAAUGGGAAAGCGUCCGAAAUCCACCAAAUAA